AUGGCACUGGUGACCACGGUGGGUGGCAUCCGGGUUGGGUGGCAUGCACGGUGGGUGGCAAGCAGGGCGGGUGGCAUGCACGGUGGGUGGCAAUCAGGGUGGGUGGCAACCAGAGUGGGUGGCAAGCAGGGUGGGUGGCAAGCAGGGUGUGGCAAGCAGAGUGGGAGGCAAGAAGAGUGGGAGGCAAGCAGAGUGGGUGGCAAGCAGAGUGGGUGGCAACCAGAGUGGGUGGCAACCAGAGUGGGUGGCAAGCAGAGUGGGUGGCAAGCAGAGUGGGUGGCAAGCAGAGUGGGUGGCAAGCAGAGUGGGUGGCAAGCAGGGUGGGUGGCAAGCAGAGUGGGUGGCAACCAGAGUGGGUGGCAAGCAGAGUGGGUGGCAAGCAGAGUGGGUGGCAAGCAGAGCAUGCACAUGCGGGAGGGCGACAUGCGGCGGUGGCUGCAGCGCAUGGACCACGUGGAGGAGCACACGCGCGCGCCCCUCAACUGGCCCUCCCUCCUCGCCCGCCUCGCCCACACCAUGGGGGCGGGCGGCGAGGUGGUGCGCAGUGAUGACGAUGACGAGGAGGAGGAGGAGGAGGAGGAGGAGGAGGAGGAGGAGGAGGAGGAGGAGGAGGAGGAGGAGGAGGAGGAGGAGGGGGAGGGGGAGGGGUUUGAGCAUGACCUGCCGCUGAUCAGCAGCGUGCACUACAACUACACGGUGCAUGUGAUGGAGAUGGGCGAGCGGGUAGCCUCCGUGUUCGAGGCAGCAGUGCGAACACUCUCCCGCCCCGACGACCCCACUGCUGCCUCCGACGACGACGACGACCCCGCCGACUCGCCCCCUCACCCCCACCACCCCUCCUCCUCCUCCUCCUCCUCCUCCUCCUCCUCCUCCUCCUCCUCCUCCUCCUCCUCCUCCUCCUCCUCCUCCUCCUCAUCAUCCUCCGCUGCAUCAUCCGGAGGGCCCGUGCAGUACCAGGUGGACAUGGGCGCCAUGGCGCAUGUGGUGGACAGCCUGGUGGACUCGCUGCAGCUCGAUGCCUCGGCGUACAACGUGAUUGUGCUCAACCUUAAUCGUGCGCGUGCUCGCAAGCGAUAUGGGUACAGGCUCGGCCUGUCCAAUGCAGAGUUCAACAUGCUUAAGACGGACGACCGGCUGAGGCAGCACCUGCUGUCGCCAGGGCUGGAGAAGGUGCCGCAGGUGCUGGACGAGCAGCACGUGCCACAGCCACUCUUUUCCUCGCGCCCAGGGCACAAGCUAGCGUGGCGCCACAUCGAGCCGCAUGAAAUCCUGCCGUGGGCGGCGCGGGUGACAGCGCUGCUGGGGACAGUGGAGCGAGUGGUGAGCGAGCGCGGGGACCCGCGUGCCAGCGCCGCUCGCAAGGCGCAGCAGCUGCUCACCUCGGGGGACCCCCGCCGCGCCCGCGCCCUGCGCGCCGCCCUGCAAGAGGCCGAUGCCAGCUGGCAGGAGCAGUGCCUCACUGACACGUGGAUUGGCACCCGCAGGUGGGCACUCAUCGACCUGUCUGCUGGCCCCUUCUCCUGGGGGCCCCUCUCCCCCUCCGCUCCCCGCGCUGCUGCUGCUGCUGCUGCUGCUGCUGGGCCCCCCACUACACUGCGCAACACUGCUGCUGCUGGCAGUAGUGGCGGUGGUGGUGCGGCAGGGGGGAACGGCAGCAGCAGUGGCAUGGGGGGUGGGUGGAGCAGCAGCAGCGUGGUGGCGGUGGAGGUGGGGGUGGGUGGCAGUGCAGCAUGGGGAGUGAGGUCGGAGGCCAGCCUGCCCUCUGUGGACCGCUACUUUCACGCCGUCUCCAAUGCCUCCUCAGGUCCGUGUUGUGGGGUGGGGUGCGCGCACAGGUGGGUUGGGCGAGCACAGAUGUGUCGGUACGGGUCAUGUGCAACACAAGCGGGUCUCUGCCUUCACGCCUCCCUGCACCCCCUGCACCGCGCUCCACCCCAUCGUGCUGUCACCCCGCCUCACCUCACCGUCGCACACCACUCACAUCUCACCCUGUGGCCCGUGUUGUCUUCUCAACCACCCCACGUGUGUGCUGAGUGCAGAGGCAUGGGAGGGCGAGCUGAGGGGGCGCCUGGAGCGCAUCGCGGAGGAGCGGCUGGAGGCGGUGGAGGAGGGGGAGGGGGAGGGCGAGGGGGGGGAGGGGCAGCACGGGGUGGACGUGCUGCUGGCGGAGCUCGACGUCUACCACGCCUUCGCCGCCCGCCACUGCACUCACCGCGCCGUCCCCAGUGCUCUCUGCCGCGGUGGGUGGGCGUGGGCGAGGGGUGGCUGGUCCUGCUUUCGUGCAUGCAUUGCAUGAUGCUUCGUUCAAUGGGGGGGGGGUCGUUUGGGCUGGGUGCUGCAUGUUGGGUGCGUGCACGAAGAGCACCGCCACGCUGCCAGUGCGCACCAACACCACUGCACCCCUCUUGCCGCCCUCGCCCUGUCCCACGUGUGCUGCGCGCAGAGCUGCAGCAGAAGCUGGAGGAGGUGAAGGACGACCUCGCCAAGCAGCAGGGCGGCAGCGGUGGCACGGCCGGCAGCGUCUUCACGGGGCGCAGCGUGCGGGCGGCACUGGAGCGCCUGCACAGCUGGAAGUUCCAAAGCGUGCCGCCCGACAGGCAUGCGGGCAAGGGCGAGGCGGGGGAGAGCAGCCCUGCAGUGACGCGCGCGUGGGACAUGCUCAUGGCUGAGCUGGCGGCCACGCUGGCGUCCGCCAUGCGCCACGUCAUCACGCCGUCCACGGCUGCUGGCGCGUACCACUUCUACGAGCGCGUGUCCUUCCACCUCUACAUCAUCUCCCACCAGGUGGGGCAGUUUGGGGUGACGUGGCAUGGCGUGGUGUGGAAAUGCGUGCAAAGGGCCAUGUUGGCAAGCCUGCAUGGGAGCACAUCACGAGCUCAACCUCAUGCCAACCAGCCACUGCAUGCCCACUCUCCCACCCGCCUUGCCCCGGCGUCCUGUCUCACUCCACAUCUCCCCUCCCUUUCCCCCCCCGCCCACCAGGCGUAUUACGAGAGGCGCCACACGCCACAGUACGUGGAGGAGUUCAAGGCGGAGGUGCAGAAGCUGUGCCUGCCGGGCCAGCGCUUCCACUUCUCCACCUACAGGCUGUCAGUGGCGGAGGACGCGGCCCUGGCGACCGCCUUCUCUGCCUCGCUGCGCGCCGCCGUGCUGCCCGCCGCGUCCGCGGCAGGCAACGCGUCAGCGGGGGGGCGCGUGCAGCUGUAUCUGGACUCGCACGUGCUGCAGCACCAGCUGCGCUCGCUGGGGGACGACAGCCUGCAGCGAUUGAAGCGCACGCGGGGGGAGCGCGCCCAGCUGGACGUGCCGGUGUUCUUCUUCGCCAUCGCGUCCGACCCCAUCCUCAUCGACCAAUCGCUGCUCGCCAAGUCGCUGCCCGACAUGGUGCUCUCAGUGCAGCUGCCGCACCGCCACUGGCCCACCGGUGUCGCCUGCAACGGCAAAGAGAUGCAUGCUGACCUGCGGUGGGUGUGUGUGGCUGCACCCCUUGACCCCCUGGCAGAAGUGCUAGCGGCCACAAUGGAGCACCUGGCAGGGCUGUUGCCAGCUCACAUCUCCUUCUCCGCCGCCCACUCCGCUGUCGUUCAGGACUGGCGGUGGGCGGCAGGGGGCCAUCCCUUGGCAGCCAUAGGCGGGGGCCUGCUGGGCGGGGGAGGGGCGAGCAGUGCACACGUGUCGGAGGUGCAGCGGGAUGCCAUGGCGCGGUCGUUGGUGGUGACGGCGCUGGACGAGGCUGUAACCACUGUCAACCGUGCCGUUGCACACCUCGCUGCUGAGACCACCCGUGAGUGCCACCCCUCUGCUGGGAUGUUUACACCGUGCCCUAUGCCCUCCCCCACUCCCCCACUCCCUUCCAUCCAAUCAGAUGAGGACACGUAUGCGGUGUUCAAGCGGUGGGAGCGGCAGGUAGCGGGGCAGUACAACGCGGUGGUGGAGGGGUGGCGGCGGGUGGCGGCAGCAGUGGAGGCCAUGGACUAUGGGGGCGCGCUGCACCUGCUGCCCGCCAUCGAGAGCGCUGCUGCCAGGUGCGGUGUUGGGGUGGGUGAUGGGGCCGUGAGGAGAGGCGAUGGGCUUGGCCUGUGUGGUGUGCCAUGUGCUCUGCUGCGCUGUUGCUCCCUCUCCCCCAUUUCCUGCCCUGGCCCCCACUUUCAGGGUCAUCCUUCUGAUUUCUCUCUCCGCUCACAACCCAUGCAACACCACACCACACCCCACGGCACCCUACGGCGCAUGCAGGUGGGAGGGGGAGGUGCGGGAGGUGGUGGCACUGCUGCACCCGGCACGCUGCACCAAGCAGCGGCGCCUGCAGGUGGGCCGAGGGGGCCUGCUGCCGCUGCUCUGCUGCCUCUCCGUGCUGCUGCUGCUGCUGCUGCUCUGCGUGCUGCUGCGCAAGAGGAAGAUCAAGCCCAAGGUCAACUAGAGGCGUGGAUCGCUGGCAGAUCCCACUAA